AUGAAUCAAACGCAGAAAGCUGUUUUGCAUUCACUCGGGGGAAACUCUUACAAUAUAUAUCACGAUGUGACCCCACAUCCUCCACCAGUAACUGUGGCCUCCAGCUCAGGCAACAACCAGAUGUCUUCUAGAAGGUAUCCAGUUAUCAAACAGAGGGGAUUCUACUCGGAUAUCCUGACCCACAAUGCGGCUUCACUGUUCAACGAUGUAAGGGCAGGUCCUAGUGUGCGCCAAAGCUUACUGAGACAAGCUGAUGAGGAGCCCAACACGCCCAAAGUUACUAGCUUCCAGGUUCCAGCGAACCUUCAGUCACAUCUGGACAAGCAAGUACUUGGCCCCACGACAGAGGUGUUGUUGAAAUCAGACUUUUUAAAGAAAGGUUAUGAGCCAAAAGUACAGCUUCCUUUCUUGGUCCAACCAGGAUGUUGCCCUCGGAAGAUUGAGCUGGAGAGGAGAAGACGUCUAUAUCUGAAACUGAAUAUUACUCAACUUUUAGCCAAUGAAGGCAUAGAUUCCAACCAACUCAUGCCACGCCAUGCAGAUCCCAACAGUCUUCCCUGUAUUGGGCAGAACCAGGGACAGCUAUUACCCACCUACUUACCUUUGGAGGUGUUUGAUGAUGAAGAGUUUGAUGUUCGAACAUGGGCUGAUUGGAUGAGUCUGGGAUGUGAGGAUGAGUCAAGAGAACAAAAACCAGUUCCAGGUCAAGCUCUGCUACCUACAGAUGAUGUUCUAGGGCAUGAGGAUCCUAAAAAUCCACAAUUGCUGUAUGAAUGGUGCAGCGUCGGCGUGCUUGAUUAUGACCAGGAGAAGAAGCUGUAUCUUGUACAUAAGUCUAAGGAAAACCGACUCUUAAAGGCUGCACAUGGCACCCCAGUCUACUCAAGUAGGUCCUCAGAAUUAACAAUUUACCAGUACUGGGUGCCACGAAUCAGGCUGUUGUUUUGUGCUGAAAAUCCACGUGUAUUUGCUCAGAGAAUUGUUGCUGCGUGCAAAUUGCGUAAAAAAACAGAGGCCCUUUUAUUGUACAACCUGUAUCUGGACUGCAUGCCAAGGAAUGGAAGGUGUGUGAUUGCAGCAGAAAGUCUGAAGAAGAUGGAGAGUUAUUUGCUGAGCUCAUCGCGUCUGAAGAAAGACAAACAUAAUUUACAUGAUCAGAUGAAACAUUUGGAAAUGGAGGUUAACCUGGACUAUGAACGCGCGAUGAACAAGCUAAUCUUUGACAAGCUUGUGUCCUCUAAUCCCGAAAAGUUUGCUUAUGUUACACUUCCAGAUACAGCACAAGAGAAGGUUCCAGUGAAAGGGCUAGUUGAUGUUCCGAACUAUAGUUUUGCCAAGAACCGAGCUGCCUUCACGUUUAAAACACUUCUGACAAGGCCUGAGGUCAUCAGCUCCCUCUGCAAAGUACGGGCCAAAUGCAAUAAGGUUUCUGCAAUGUCUCUGUUUCAUUCAACUUUGACAAAAUGUGUCCGACUGGAGGAGUUUGAACAAACUCAGUCACAGGCCUUCUCGCAGGUUCAGUUAUUCCUCAAGGACAGCUGGGUUAGUACAUUGAAGAAUGCUGUGCGCGGCAGUCUGCGGGAGGUAGGAAGAGGCUGGUAUGACCUAAGUGAGAGUAACUGGGAGGUCUACUGCAUGUCCAAGUUGCGGCAACUCAUGGAGCUCAUCAAGUUCAACCUGCAGGACUCUCUGCGAUUUCUGGUCCAGGACUCUCUUGUCAGCUUUGCCCAGUUCGUACUAGAUUCAUGUUACAGUGUCUUGUCCUGUACAGAAGAUAUGGACUGGGGAGGAGACCUUGUCAACAGCCCAUAUAAACCACGUAAAAACCCCAUAUUUCUAUUGGAAUUGGUGCUGGAUAGCUCCGGAGCUCACUUCAGUACCCCUCUGGAGAAUUUUGAGGUCAUGCUUAUGACCCUGUUUGACAAGGGGAUUCUAGCAACCCACAGCGUACCCCAGCUAGAGAAAUUUGUACUUGAAGACCUUUUUAUCAGCGGAACGCCUUUGCUGGAAUCGGUUGGACUUCAUGAGCCCCCAGUGGAAGAACUACGGCAAAACAUUCGCACAGCCAUACUGAAGGCCCUCAUCCCUCUGCGGGCAUACGCAAAGCAAUAUGAGAAGUACCUAGAACUUAACAAUACCGACGUGGAAACCUUCAUGACAGCAUUCAGAGCCAAGAUCAAUACCGCUUCAGACAUCAAGGCUGCAGUCGAAAAGCAUCUACUAGAAAAGGAACGGCUGGACAACGCUCUCCCGAGCUCUAUCAUUAUUGGCCCUUUCCAGAUCAAUAUUGAAGGAGUGAAGCAGAACCUAUCCCGAAAACGCAAGGCUCUGUCUAAUUCGCUACUGGAGUUACUGGCAAAGAAUGUGCGGAAGGAACUGGAAGAGAUUUCAGACCAGUUCCGAGCCAUCAGUCGCAAGAUGUAUGACAAGCCAAACAGCGUGGAGGAACUUACAGAGCUAAGGGAGUGGAUGAAGGGAGUUCCUGAACAGCUCAAAUCUCUUGAGGAACAAAUUACAAAGAUUAUCUCAGAUUAUGAUGUCAUCGAUGAAUUUUUCUACAGCUUGUCUCAGGAAGACUUUAAUGCAAAGUGGGUGGCUAUUGCCUGGCCAAACAAAAUAACAACGUUGUUGGAGUCCAUUCGAGAACAACACUUAGAAGAUGAAGAGAGGUUCCGCAAAAUCCAGGUUAUGGAUCAGAAUAACUUCCUGGAGCGCCUGGACUCCCUUCAGAUGGUGGUGGCUGGAUUUUCCACUCAUACUGAUAUUAGUAGAGCUCAUGAGAUAGCCAAUGAAGUGAGGAGGGUCCACAAACAGCUGACGGAGUCUCAGAAUAUGGCUCAACUUUAUAACAACAGAGAAAGGCUCUUUGGACUCCCUGUUACUAAUUAUGACAAGCUUGUGAGGCUGGUAAAAGAAUUCCAGCCUUUCCGGGAACUAUGGACCACUGUUUCAGACUGGAUGCGCUGGUAUGAGAGCUGGAUGAAUGAUCCUCUCACUACGAUAGAUGCAGAGCAGCUGGAGAAGAAUGUGAUGGAGUCUUACAAAACCAUGCACAAGUGUGUCAAAUACUUUAAGGAUAUUCCAGCUUGCCAAGAAGUGGCUCAAGAUAUCAAGGGUCGUAUUGAAGAAUUCAAGCCUUACAUUCCGCUGAUCCAAGGCCUGCGUAAUCCCGGCAUGAGGAAUCGUCACUGGGAGAUCCUGUCUGAACAAAUACAUAUUACCGUUAAGCCCAAGGCCAACCUAACUUUCACCCGGUGCCUGGAAAUGAAGCUACAGGAUCACAUAGAGAGCAUUGCAAAGGUGGCAGAAAUCGCUGGAAAAGAAUAUUCCAUUGAGCAGGCUCUCGACAAAAUGGAGAACGAAUGGGUGUCAGUGAUGUUUAAUAUAUUGCCGUACAAAGAAACAGGGACCUUUAUACUGAAGAGCCCAGAAGAAGCUUCUCAGUUGCUGGAUGACCAUAUUGUUAUGACGCAGAGCAUGUCCUUCUCUCCUUUCAAAAAGCCCUUUGAGGAACGUAUUAGCACCUGGGAAGGCAAACUUCGACUAACACAGGACGUACUGGAAGAAUGGCUGACCUGUCAGCGUUCCUGGCUCUACCUGGAACCAAUCUUUAGCUCAGAAGAUAUUAACAGACAGCUGCCUGUGGAGAGCAAGCGUUACCAGACAAUGGAGAGGACCUGGAGGAAAAUCAUGAAAAAUGCAGAGGAGAAUAAGCAGGUUAUUUCGAUGUGUCCAGAUCCUCGCCUCCUAGAAAAUCUGCGUGAAUGCAACAAGUUGCUUGAACUGGUACAAAAAGGACUCAGCGAAUACCUUGAGACUAAGAGAGGGGCUUUUCCUAGGUUUUACUUUCUUUCUGAUGAUGAACUUUUGGAGAUAUUGUCCCAAACAAAAGACCCCACCGCUGUCCAACCACACCUGCGGAAGUGUUUUGAGAACAUCGCGCGGUUAAAGUUUCAGCCCGAUCUACAGAUCACUCACAUGUACUCGGCAGAAGGAGAGGAAGUCCAACUAUCUACUCCCAUUUAUCCCACCGGUAACGUUGAGGAUUGGUUGCUGGUUGUGGAGAAGGUUAUGAAGGGCAGUGUGCGUGAAUACAUAGAGCGCUCCAUCAAAGCGUACCCAGAGAUGCCUCGUACAGAGUGGGUGCUUCAUUGGCCUGGACAAGUGACUAUUGCAGGAUGCCAAGCCUACUGGACCAAAGAAGUGUCUGAGGCGCUAGAGGCUGGAGACCUGUCCACGCGACUCUUUCCACAGCUUGAGGCUCAGCUUAGUGACCUUGUAGCUCUUGUACGUGGAAAGUUGUCUCGUAUGCAACGUUCAAUCUUAUCUGCCCUUAUUGUGAUCGAAGUCCAUGCCAAAGAUGUUGGAGCUCGUCUCAUAGAGGAAAAUGUGAACAGCGUCAAUGACUUUGAAUGGAUCUCCCAACUCAGGUAUUACUGGACUAGGGAAGAUCUGUAUGUGAGAGCUGUAAAUGCAGAGUUUCUUUAUGGAUAUGAGUACCUUGGCAACUCGGGCCGUUUGGUUAUAACACCACUGACAGACAGGUGUUAUCUGACCCUAACAGGGGCGCUUCAUCUGAAAUUUGGAGGUGCCCCUGCUGGACCAGCUGGGACAGGAAAGACAGAGACCACAAAGGAUCUGGGCAAGGCUCUUGCAAUCCAAACAGUUGUGUUCAACUGCUCUGAUCAACUGGAUUUUAUGGCCAUGGGCAAAUUUUUCAAAGGAUUAGCCAGUUCUGGAGCUUGGGCUUGCUUCGAUGAAUUUAAUCGCAUUGACAUUGAAGUGCUGUCUGUGGUGGCCCAGCAGAUCGCUACAAUUCAGAAGGCACAGCAGCAGAGAGUGGAUCGCUUCAUGUUUGAAGGAGUGGAGAUCCCCCUGGUGUUUACCUGUGCUGUGUUUAUUACAAUGAAUCCCGGGUAUGCCGGCCGUACAGAAUUACCCGAUAACCUGAAGGCUCUUUUCCGUCCAGUUGCCAUGAUGGUACCUGAUUACGCUAUGAUUGCCGAGAUUUCUCUCUAUUCCUUUGGAUUUAAUAAUGCCAAGAUUCUCGCAAAGAAAAUUACCACAACCUUUAAACUGUCAUCUGAACAACUUAGCUCCCAGGAUCACUAUGACUUUGGAAUGAGAGCCGUUAAAACAGUGAUUUCUGCUGCUGGAAAUUUGAAGAGAGAAAAUCCCAACAUGAACGAGGAACUAAUUUGCCUUCGGGCCAUUCGUGAUGUCAACGUGCCCAAGUUUCUUCAAGAUGACCUGAAGCUCUUCAGUGGUAUUGUGUCUGAUCUGUUUCCAAGGAUCGAGGAGGAACCAAUUGACUAUGGCAGCCUAGAGGAAGCAAUUCGUAAAACCUGCAUCCAAAAAAAUCUGAAGGAUGUUGAUGGAUUUGUGACAAAGUGCAUUCAGCUGUAUGAGACAACAGUCGUACGACAUGGCCUGAUGCUUGUAGGGCCUACAGGUUCAGGGAAAACUCAGUGUUAUAAGGUCCUUGCGGCUGCUAUGUCAUCCCUGCAAGGUCUCCCUUCAGUUAGUGGUGGGACCUACGAGAAAGUACAUUACUAUAUCUUAAACCCUAAAUCAAUUACCAUGGGUCAGCUGUACGGAGAAUUUGACCUCCUUACGCACGAAUGGACGGAUGGGAUCCUCUCAUCACUUAUCAGAGGUGGUGCCACAUCAGCAGAUCCUGACAAGAAGUGGUACAUGUUCGAUGGACCUGUGGAUGCUGUUUGGAUAGAAAACAUGAACACUGUCCUGGAUGACAACAAAAAACUCUGUCUGAGCUCAGGAGAAAUCAUUAAACUUACAGAGACGAUGACCAUGAUGUUUGAGGUGCAGGAUCUGGCAGUAGCAUCACCCGCUACUGUCUCUCGCUGUGGCAUGGUCUACCUGGAGCCCAGUAUCCUCGGGCUGACGCCCUUCACUGAAUGCUGGCUCAGAAGCAUCCCAGAUGUUUUGAAACCUUAUACUGAGCAGCUGGAGUCCCUAUUCUCCCGCUUCUUGCAGAAUGCCAUCACAUUUGUGCGUCAGUCAGUGAAGGAGAUCAUCGCUUCCACCGACAGCAAUCUGGUGAAGAGUCUGUUAAAGCUCAUGGAAUGUUUCAUUCAGCCAUUUAUUCCUCAAGAGGGACACAAGCAGAUUCCACAGGAUAGGCUGAGCCGGAUAGAGGAAUUGGUAGAGCCGUGGUUCUUCUUCUCUCUUAUUUGGAGCGUAGGGAUCACCGGAGACUCAGAUAGUCGGAUCAUGUUCAACACAUGGCUGAGAGACAGAAUGAACUCAGAGAAGGUACAGAUGCCUUUCCCCGAGCAGGGACUGGUGUAUGACUAUAUGCUGGAUGAUGCAGGAAUAAGCAGUAAAAUGGAUGAGGAUGAUGAGGAUAUAAAGAGGAAGGUGCGUUGGAUCGGUUGGAUGGACUCUGCUGCCCCCUUUACCAUUGCCCCUGACACCAGCUAUGCGGAUAUCAUUGUCCCAACGCUUGAUACAGUGCGUAUGUCUCACCUCUUGGGGAUGCUCCUGACCAACAAAAAGCCAGUUCUAUGUGUGGGUCCUACGGGUACAGGGAAGACUCUCACUGUUUCUGACAAGCUGCUUAAGAACCUUCCCAUGGAAUACAUCAGCCAUUUCCUCAUGUUUUCUGCCCGGACCUCAGCCAAUCAGACUCAAGAUCUUAUUGACAGCAAGCUGGAUAAGAGGAGGAAGGGGGUGUUUGGACCACCCCUUGGACGUUACUUUAUCUUCUUUAUUGAUGACUUGAACAUGCCGGCUCUUGAGACAUAUGGAGCUCAGCCGCCUAUCGAGCUCCUUCGACAGUGGAUGGACCAUGGUGGAUGGUAUGACCGAAAGCAAAUAGGAGUUUUCCGCAAAUUAGUGGAUCUCAAUUUUUUGUGUGCCAUGGGACCUCCAGGGGGUGGUAGGAACCCAGUGUCCGCACGGCUUACCCGUCAUUUUAACUACUUGGCCUUCACUGAGAUGUCCGACAACAGCAAAAGCCGGAUCUUUUCCUGCAUCCUUGGCAGCUGGAUGGCAUCAGCACCAGCGGUACAGCACCUGACAGGGGAGCUGGUGGAAGCCACCAUCAAGAUGUACAAUACUAUCAUAUCUCAGCUGCUUCCAACACCAGCAAAGUCUCACUACACGUUCAACCUCCGUGACCUGUCCAAAGUCUUUCAAGGAAUGCUAAUGGCGGAAGCCACUAAAAUGGAGGACAAAUAUCAGCUCCUGAAGCUGUGGUACCACGAGUCCUGCCGCGUUUUCCAGGACAGGUUAGUCAAUGCAGAAGACCGAAGCUGGUUCGAUGAGCUGAUGAAAGCCAGGAUGCUGGAGUUUGGGGCCACCUUCGAGGAGGUUCUUCCACAACAGCCAGUGCUUUAUGGGGAUUUUAUGUCUCCUGGAUCAGACACCAAGACUUACCAACUUAUUGUGGAUCGGGAAAAGCUUCUUCGGGUGAUUGAAGAGUACAUGGAAGAUUUCAAUCAGGUUAAUACAGCAAAGAUGAAGCUGGUUCUCUUCCUGGAUGCCAUUCAGCACAUUUGUCGAAUUAGCCGUAUUCUACGUCAACCCCUAGGAAAUGCUCUUCUGCUGGGUGUAGGAGGCAGCGGAAGACAGUCUCUCACCCGUUUGGCAAAUCACAUGUCAGAAUAUGAAUGUUUCCAGAUUGAAUUAUCAAAAAAUUAUGGAAUGCCUGAGUGGAGGGAAGACAUAAAGGGUAUCCUGCUGAAGGCUGGUCUUCAGAACAUACCCAUAACAUUUCUCUUCACAGACUCCCAGAUUAAAGACGAGUCGUUUCUUGAAGACAUUAACAACAUUCUAAACUCGGGUGAUGUUCCCAACCUGUACGGGCCAGAGGAACAGGAUCAGAUUGUCAAUGUCAUGAAGCCUAUUGUGCAGGACAUGGGGCAGCAACCAACAAAAGCCAACCUAAUGGCAGCUUAUACCCGACGAGUGAGGGGCAACAUCCACACCGUGCUAUGUAUGAGUCCAAUCGGGGAGGUGUUCCGGUCUCGUCUCAGACAGUUCCCGUCCUUGGUCACUUGCUGCACCAUUGAUUGGUUUGAUGAGUGGCCAGAAGAGGCUCUGCAGUCUGUGGCUUCCUCUUUCUUGGUAGAGAUUCCUGAGCUCGAGUCCAGAGACUCUGUUGUUUCUGGCAUGAUUCAAAUGUGUGUGGAAAUGCACCAAUCGGUCGCGCUAAAAUCCAAGCAGUACUUGGCAGAACUUUCACGACACAAUUACAUCACACCCAAAAGUUACCUGGAGCUGCUUGGUAUUUACUCUAAUCUUAUCGGUAAAAAGAUGAUGGAGAUUAAAACUGCCAAGAACAGGAUGAAGAGUGGACUUGAUAAGCUGCUUCACACAGCUGAGGAUGUUGCAAAGAUGCAGGAGGAACUGGAAACCAUGCGCCCCCUGCUGGAGGAGGCAGCACAGGACACCGUGACGACAAUGCAAAAGAUUGAGGAGGACACAGCGGUGGCCGAGAUCACCCGACGCUCAGUGCAAGUAGAGGAGGCCAAAGCAUCUGAGAAGGCCCAGACAGCUCAGGAAAUUGCCGAUGACGCUCAGAAGGAUCUUGACGAGGCUCUCCCUGCACUGGAUGCUGCCCUGGCCAGCCUGAAAUCACUCAACAGGAACGAUGUUACUGAGGUGCGAGCGAUGCAGCGUCCCCCUGAGGGUGUCAAACUGGUGAUCGAGGCUGUCUGCAUCUUGAAAGGGAUCAAGCCUAAAAAAAUAGCUGGAGAUAAAACUGGGAGCAAGAUAGACGACUACUGGGAGCCAGGAAGAGGUUUACUUCAAGACCCCAGCAAGUUCCUAGAAGGUCUUUUUAAAUUUGACAAGGACAAUAUUCCUGAUGUUGUUAUAAAAGCCAUUCAGCCAUACAUCGAUAACGAGGAGUUCCAGCCUGCAGCCAUCGCUCGGGUUUCCAAAGCAUGUACCUCCAUCUGUCAGUGGGUUCGUGCCAUGCACAAGUAUCACUUUGUGGCUCGCGGGGUGGAACCAAAGCGGCAAGCACUGCAAGAGGCUCAGGAGGACUUGGCCGUCACCCAGAAAAUCUUAGAUGAAGCCAAAGCUCGUCUGACUGAGGUGGAAGAUGGGAUCGCAACCUUGCAAGCAAAAUACAAAGACUGCGUUUCUAAGAAAGAGGAGUUGGAGUAUAAGUGCCAGCAAUGCGAACUCAAACUGGGCCGCGCUGACAAGCUCAUCUCUGGAUUGGCAGAGGAGCGGCAACGUUGGCAGGACACCGUUCUGGACCUGGAGAAUCUUCUGGUGAAUGUCACCGGAGACCUGCUGCUGUGUGCCGGGUUUCUGGCAUACCUUGGACCCUUCACGGGUGCCUAUCGAACAGCACUCUUUGAUCAGUGGACCAAGAAAAUAAAGGAGCUGAAAGUUCCCUGCACUAACGAGCCAUCUUUAAUUGCCACUCUGGGGGAUCCAGUUAAAAUUCGCUCCUGGCAGAUCGCAGGUCUCCCGAAUGACACCCUGUCUGUUGAGAAUGGGGUGAUAACCCAGUAUUCCCAGCGCUGGCCGCACUUCAUUGACCCACAGGGACAGGCCAACAAGUGGAUUAAGAACAUGGAGAAGGAUAAUGGUUUGGAUGUGGUUAAGCUCAGCGACCGUGAUUUUUUAAGAAGUUUGGAGAAUGCCAUACGUUUUGGAAAGCCAUUUAUGCUGGAAAAUGUUGGGGAGGAGCUGGAUCCUGCCCUGGAACCUGUGCUACUAAAACAAACAUACAAGCAACAGGGGAGCACGGUACUACGAUUAGGCGAUGCUGUUAUCCCAUACCACGAUGACUUUCGAAUGUACAUCACAACCAAGCUACCCAAUCCACAUUAUCCACCGGAAGUCUGUACCAAGGUCACGCUAAUCAAUUUCACCCUCUCCCCAAGCGGUUUAGAGGAUCAGCUACUGGGCCAAGUGGUGGCAGAGGAGCGGCCAGAUUUGGAAGAAGCUAAGAACCAGCUGAUCCUGUCCAAUGCCAAGAUGCGGCAAGAACUGAAGGAAAUUGAGGAUCAGAUUCUAAUGCGCCUUAGCUCCUCGCAGGGAAACCCUGUAGAUGACGUGGACCUGAUCAAAGUACUGGAGGCUUCCAAACUAAAGGCUGGGGAGAUCAAGGCCAAAGUGCUUGUAGCGGAGCAGACAGAGCGGGAUAUAGAUACCACCAGACAUCAGUACGUCCCAGUAGCUGUCAGGACACGGAUCCUCUUCUUUUGUGUCUCGGAUUUAUCCAACGUGGAUCCUAUGUAUCAAUAUUCGCUGGAGUGGUUCCUUGGUAUUUUUUCAGCAGCAAUCGCCAACUCUGAAAGAGCAGAAUCGGUGGACAAAAGGAUAGAAAAUAUAAAUGCAUAUUUUACCUUCAGUCUGUUCAGUAAUGUGUGUCGCAGUCUCUUCGAGAAACAUAAACUCAUGUUCUCCUUCUUGCUGUGCGUGCGAAUCCUGAUGCAUCAAGGACUCAUUAACAUGGAGGAAUGGCGCUUUCUGCUUGCAGGCGGCACACCAGCCACCCUGGCAGACAAUCCAUGCCCAGAGUGGCUGUCCGAGCGGGCCUGGAGAGACAUACAAGCCUUAAGCGCACUAAGGAACUUCAGCAAAGUGACAGAGCAGCUGACACAACACGGUGCAGAAUACAGGAAGAUCUGCGACAGCCCAGAGCCACAUCGGGAGCCGCUCCCUGGCGAGUGGGGACAGUCUCUGGACUCAUUCCAGAAGAUUCUCAUCCUGAGAUGUCUGCGAGGGGACAGAGUGACCAAUGCGAUGCAGGACUAUGUGUGCCAGCACCUGGGACAGCGGUUCAUAGAGCCUCAGACAGCAGACCUGGGAGCCGUGUACCGAGAGUCCUCCCCUGUCACACCGCUGAUAUUCAUUCUCUCUCCCGGCACUGACCCAGCUGCUGCUCUCUACAAGUUCGCAGAAGAGAUGAGAUUCUCCAAGAAACUAACUGCAAUAUCGCUUGGACAGGGACAGGGUCCUCGGGCUGAAGCAAUGAUGCGAAGUGCAAUGGAACGUGGGAAGUGGGUUUUCUUCCAGAAUUGCCAUCUAGCACCCAGCUGGAUGCCUUCCUUGGAGAGGCUAAUAGAGGGUAUUGACCCAGAUAAGGUGCACCGCGAUUUCCGCAUCUGGCUCACCAGUUUGCCCAGUAAUCAGUUUCCAGUGUCCAUCUUGCAGAACAGCUCUAAACUUACCAUUGAGCCUCCACGGGGAGUGAAGGCUAAUCUCCUUCGUACUUACCUCAGUCUCAGUGAUGCAGAGCUGAGCGAGAGCAGUAAGGCUCCUGAGUACAAAGCUCUCCUGUUGUCUCUAUGCCUGUUCCAUGGAGCCACACUGGAGAGACGGAAGUUUGGUCCAUUAGGAUUCAACAUCCCGUAUGAAUUUACAGACGGAGACCUCAGGAUCUGCAUCUCUCAACUUAGGAUGUUCCUCGAGGAAUAUACAGAAAUUCCUUACAAGGUCCUUCGAUACACUGCUGGAGAAAUCAAUUAUGGAGGCCGUGUGACGGAUGACUGGGAUCGACGGUGCCUCCUGAGCAUCCUGCAGGACUUCUACCAACCUUCGGUCCUAAUAGAAGGUCACAAGUUCUCAGAGUCUGGCAUGUAUCAUCAGAUCAGCCCAGCUUACGACUUGAAUGGUUACUUACAGUACAUCCGCUCGCUACCGCUCAAUGACCUCACAGAACUCUUUGGACUUCAUGAAAAUGCCAACAUCACCUUUGCUCAGAAUGAAAGCUUUGCUCUGCUUGGUUCUCUUGUGACAUUGCAACCCAGAGCUCAGGCCAGUGGUGGGAGCCGCGAUGAGAUGGUAGAAGAGAUCGUGGAGAGCAUCCUGAAGAAGGUUCCUCGGCCCAUUCCUGUACAGGAAGUGAUGUCAAAAUACCCUGUUAUGUACCAGGAGUCAAUGAAUACUGUGUUAAUACAAGAGGUUAUAAGGUAUAAUCGCCUCCUGAGCGUCCUCUCCCAGACGUUGAAUGACUUGCUUAAAGCAAUGAAGGGACAGGUUGUUAUGUCUUCUCAGCUAGAACUAAUGGCAAACAGUCUCUACAACAACUCUGUUCCAGAAAUCUGGCAAUCAAAGGCUUAUCCCUCCUUGAAACCUCUGGCGUCCUGGGUAAUAGAUCUUCUGCAGCGCAUCCAGUUCCUUCAGAAAUGGAUCUCUGAUGGAAUACCUGCUGUGUUCUGGAUCAGCGGCUUUUUUUUCCCGCAGGCAUUUCUUACUGGUACUCUGCAGAAUUUUGCCAGGAAACAUGUUAUAUCCAUUGACACCAUCUCUUUUGACUUUAAGGUUCUGAAGGCAUCAGUUACAGAGUUGCAGCAGCGUCCCUCUGAAGGAUGUUAUAUACACGGCCUGUAUCUAGAAGGCGCCCGAUGGGACAAUUCAACAAUGCAGUUAGCAGAGUCUCAUCCCAAGGAGCUUUAUACAGAAAUGUCAGUGAUCUGGUUGGUCCCGGUUCCUGAGCGCAAGCCCAAAACAUCCGGAGUAUACCUUUGUCCCAUUUACAAGACUCUGACACGAGCAGGAACUCUCUCAACCACGGGCCAUUCCACCAACUAUGUUAUUGCAGUGGAACUGCCCAGCAGCAAGCCCCAGACGCACUGGAUAAAACGGGGAGUAGCACUUAUCUGCGCCCUAGAUUAUUAAACAUAGCUGAUCAGAUUUCAGAACAGCUAUGUCAAGCCAAAAAUAUGUGCCAAAUGCUCAACACACCUUUCACCCAAACACCGUUCAACAGAUAUUCACAUAUUAAAAGUCUAAUGCAGACAUCAACUGAACCCUGAAACGCUUACACCUUUCCCGAUCAUAACCUCUGCUGAGUGCAGAGUACAGCUGAUGGAACUUUCAACAUCAACACACGAAUAUAAGCGAUUGGGAAGGUGCAGAGCACGUUGUUGUAACAUGGAGUCAAUAAACAUCUUACUAUCA